UUUCUCCGAGGUCACGCGGGACUGGAGCUGGACUUGAGGCGGUUCUGGGACUGAAGUUGUUAAGAGACAUUGCUGGGACAGUGGACACGCUUCUCUGGUUGGAGCUGUUGGAGAACAAUUUAUAAUUCAUCGUGUUGAUUGAUUCGCAGGUUAUGAUGAACGCAACAAACAACACAAGCAACUCAUCAUGUGUGAUCAUGACCCAGCCAGCAAGUCAUCUGCUGAUGUCUAUCUACAUCAUUGCCUUCAUUUUGGGGCUGCUGGUCAAUCUGAUCACCAUUGGGCCCAUAAUUCAGCAGAUCUGCAGAAGGAACGUUCUAGGAAUUUACCUGCUCAGUUUGUCCUUUUCAGAUCUCCUGUACAUCCUCACCAUGCCUCUGUGGGUCUAUUAUUUCAACAACAACCACAAAUGGAACCUCAGCCAAGGACUCUGUAGUCUGGCUGGCUUCUUUUACUACUCCAACCUGUACAUCAGCAUCUAUCUCCUCUGCUGUAUCUCCAUCGAUCGCUGCCUGGCCAUCACCUUCCCGCUGAGAAUCCAAGUCUUCCGCCGCCAGCGCUAUGCCUGGGUUAUCUGUGGGCUGGUGUUUGUUCUCGUCAUGGCCUUGCACUGUUUGGUGCUUUACAUGGACAAGUUAUCGGAUCCACUGGAUGACACUGUGCAAACAUGCUAUGAGACCUUCCCCAUGACGGAAAGCAUUGCGAUGUUCAACCUGAUACGGGUCGGAGUCGGUUUCCUCUUGCCUCUGGUGGUCAUCUCCGUCUGCUACUGGUUGAUCCCAACCAAGGUGCAGCAAAGUAGAGGGGUGGAUGAUCAAGGCAAGCGCAAAGUGAAGCUUUUGUCAAUGGGGGUCAUUGGCAUUUUCGCCUUCUGCUUUGCGCCAUACCAUAUCCUCCUGAUGGUGAGGUCCAUCGCCUUCUUUUAUUUGGGAGAAAAACAAAGCUGCAGUUUUGAACAAGCAAUACAUUUGCCCUUCACUUGCUCCCUGGCGCUAUCCAGCCUGAACAGCGUUGUGGACCCAGUGCUCUAUGUUUUGGCCAGUAACGGAGUAAGGGAAGAUAUGAGGUGGUUCUGUUGGAAAAACAAGCAGAGGCAGGUGACAGGAAGCCCUCUUGUUGAUUCCAAAUGGAAGACAAGAAUAACCAACUAGGGUUAAAACCGACCUCAGAUCUUUGAAAACAGAUUUACAUUUGUUAGCGUACACACUGUUUUUGAACCUAUUAAGGAAUUUCACAAAUCAGUGACCGGAACAAACCCACUUAAAUUGUUUGCGUUGACAGCAUGGACACAGUCUUGUGGAUGAGCUCACGUUGUGAACUUGUGGAGGGUCUGGCAGGUUUUACAAUCUGGCGUGCUCCAGCAGUAUAACCCAGACACCUGAACUAACCUUUUGACAAAAAACUGCUACCAUGACUGCAAACCACUUGCUUCUCUCAGUUGGUAAUAGGCAAAUUGCGCCAAGUUUUGUGAGUAAAAAGUAUCUACUGUAUAAUAAGCUUAAUUUACAGAAAAAGACAAUGUCUUGUACUGACAAUACUGAUGCUGCAGCACUUUUUAGUGCAUAUAGAGCCUAGUUAAACUGGAUUGUGGCUGUUUUUGUGCAUGAAUACUGUGUAUUUCAAAAGCGAUUAUUUAGUGAAUUAGCCAAUGCAUGUCAGUGUCUAGUAAAGCCCAAUUAAGUUGUCCAAGUCAUGACAAAGACCAGAAGAGGGAAAAAUCCAAGUCGAGGACAAGUUAACACGCUCCUGAGCUUAUGACCAAGACCAUAAAUAUAGUCAGAGUCUAAGACCAUAUUUUUAUGGUUUUGUCCUUGUUCCUUGAAUCCGAGUCCAAUGCUAUGUUUUUAUGGCUUCGGUCUUCGAUUCAGUCCUCUUGUGGUCUUUCUCCUGAUUCAAAACCACCCUCUCUUGAUUUCAGCCUUGAAUCUCAAAUUUGGUCUUGCCUAUGUGCAGGCUUCAGACUGCUUUAAGUCCACUUGUGUGAAAAAAGAUGAAUUUUUAUGAACAUUGAAAAGAUGUUUACAAAUUAUGGAUCCGCAGUGUAACAGGACCCUUAAAUCACUUUAACUUUCUAUGUAAGAGCCAUACUCAGCCCAAGAGUUGCUAUUGUGGAAUAAAGCCUCACUUGUUUGUCCCUGUUUAAUUCA